GUACCUUCAACAGUGCAGGCAUCACUGGCAUCCUCGAGGCCAUCAAGCAGCAGGUCGUGUCUCUGCUAGUGGCGGUGCUCGACCCAUCGCUGAAGGCCUCCUUGCCACCAGCUUUGAUUUCGACAUUCCAGGACAAGAAAAUGGCCAAGAGCAUGGUCCAAAUGAUGGAACACAUCAUGGCAGAUCCGGACUUUGUUGAGGUGUUGAAGAACUUUAUCAACACUUCGAUGACAAACGAGGCACUACUGGGAAGUUUGAAGAAAGUGAUGCAGGAGGCACUAGCUGACAGUCAUCUCUACAAGUCGGCGAUGCAUGGCGUCGCGAGCAGCUUAAACCCGCUUCAUAGCGAGACACUGAGCGGCCUCAAGAACUCGCUCCUGGGCCGCGGCAGCGACAAGACCGCGGUCGUGGAUGGUGAGGAGAAGCACGAGACACUCUAG